AUGUCCCUCGCUAUAGCCAGCCCACUUCCCAAGGGCGAACCAUCCACCAGUCGCGGAUUUCGAUUCCGCCGAUCCAAGCAGCAUGAUCCAAACGCGAUAGCCACCCAGCCGUCGGUGUUCGACGACCCCGAUCUUGCGGAGGAGUAUCAACCACGGCCGGACUGGGAGAAUAUCCACCGGUUUGAUCCCUCGGCGAGGUGGACGUGGGGGGAAGAGAAGAAAGUUGUUCGGAAGCUGGAUAUGCGCAUUAUGGUGGGCGCUUGUUUGAUGAUUACGGCGUUGGAGCUGGAUCGGUCGAAUUUGCAGCAAGCCAACGCGGAUAAUUUUUUGGGCGAUCUCAACUUGACGAGAGACGAUUACAACCUGGGCAACACCAUCUACCGAUUGUGCUACAUGCUCAGCGAGAUCCCCGCGCAGUGUCUCGGCAAGAAACUCGGAGCGGACGUGUGGCUGCCGAUCCAGAUGUCAUCGUGGUCGAUCGUGGCCUGUUGUCAGUUUUGGCUAUCGGGGAGAAAGUCGUUUCUGGCUUGUCGGGCUUUGAUUGGGAUUCUGUCUGGCGGGUUUACACCGACGAUGAUCCUAUACCUUUCUUAUUUCUACAAACACCACGAGCUGUCUAUUCGUCUUGGCUUUUGGUAUGCCGGGCUUUCGAUGGCUGACAUCCUCGCCGGAUUUCUUGCCUAUGGGAUUUUGCACCUGCGUGGCGUGGGUGGUGUUGCAGGGUGGCGCUGGCUUUUCUUGAUCGAGGGACUGCUCACUUUGGUACUGGGCAUCACAUCUGUGUUGUAUCUUCCUGCAUCGCCGACGCAGACGGCGAACUGGAUCCGAGGGAAGAAGGGCUGGUUUACAGAACGGGAAGAAGUCGUUCUGGUUAAUCGCCUGAUCAGAGAAGACCCGAGUAAAGGCACGAUGCACAAUCGUCAACCGCUGACACCUAAGCUCGUACUUAAGAGCCUCUCGGAUUUCGACCUGUGGCCGCUAUACAUAGUUGGGCUUACAUUUUUACUGCCAAAGACAACGGUGUCACAGUACUUCACUCUGUUCAUGAGGGACUAUGGGUUCGACACCUUCGACACGAUCCUGCUGGCCAUCCCGUACAAUCUGGGUGCGAUAGUGACCAAGAUCCUGCUGACCUACACCGCGGAGGCGCUGGGAUCACUCGCUCUCAUGGGGGUUGUCGCGCAGAUUUGGGUCCUACCCCUGCUGAUCUACAUGAACGUCGUGGAUUUCAGCCAGAGCAACAAGUGGGUAGCAUGGACGAUCCUCACACUCCUGCUGUCCCAUCCGAGUGCCCAUGCUCUUCAGGCGGGAUGGAACUCCCGCAACUCGAAUAGCGUGCGCUCUCGGGCCAUGGCCGCCGCACUGUACAACAUGUGCACGCAAUUGUCGGGCAUUAUGGCGUCAAACGUCUACCAGGACUGGGAUAAACCUCGCUAUGCGUUUGGGAACCGCGUUCUGCUAGGGAUAGCCUGCACAAACAUCGUCCUCUACAUCGCGACAAAAGGAUACUACGUGCUGCGAAACCGCAAUCGCGACCGACAAUGGACAGCCAUGACAACAGACCAGCGACUCGACUACAUUGCCACGACGACCGACCAGGGGAACAGACGACUGGACUUUCGGUUUGCGCACUGAAACCCGGGUGGCGGGUCCCAGUCAACGUAAUGGCUGGGGGAGAGAGCAUAUUGGUCAUGGCCAAGAAGCUCGGCGCAAAGGGUCAAGGGGCGGAAUGAGACGUGGUUAGUCAUUUCCGUGGCGGCGUUAGGUAACUGAAUGAUGUGGAGGUCUGGAGGACAAGUAAUUAAGUGGUUCCUGGUCUUUUUUCUGGGCAUAUGACUAAAAGAUUGAACAUGGGUGCCGCGUUGGUAGGGAUUCUGACAGUAAGGGGGGGCCAGUUCACCAUCAUUCCUUUGGACACAGCCCUGUGAUCGCGUGGCGCCG